AUGGAUUUCUUUGAUACGCGAUAUUUUAGAAUUAACAAGCUCUUCCUGUCUUUCGUAGGCCUGUGGCCGUAUCAAACGUCCUUUAUGAAAAUUCUAACUCUAUCGUUCGCCAUAUACGGUGUUACGAUAACGUGUCUGCCGCAGAUUGUAUAUUUGUUCAAACAUACGGAUGAUUUGGAUAACCUGGUCGAACUCAUGCCAACUCUGACGGGUGGCAUCAUAUGUGUUAUGAAAGUCAUCAGUUUAAUUUAUAAUUCCGAGAAGGCGUUGCUUCAGUUUAAGAUGCUUCUACAACACAUACGCGAGGAUUGGAACAAUUUAUUAACGAAACAAGAAAUACAGAUUUUAACGCAUUACGCCGACAACAGUCGAAAAUUCACAUUAGCGUAUUCAAUUUCUAUAUUCGGAUUUGUAUGGAGCUACAGUUUGAUACCUCUUAUCGCACCUAUACUCGACGUUAUAUCGCCCCUAAACGAAACGAGACCGAAAAAAUUCCCACAACUGGGAGAGUAUUUCCUGAAUCAAGAGAAAUAUUAUUAUCCACUUAUGUUAAACAUUUGUGUCGGCUAUAAUGGAAUGUGGUAUGACGCACCUAUCAAGGUGCAAAAGAUGUUAAUGUUCUUAAUCGCGAGGAGUCAAAAAGUUUGUCGAAUAACGCUCGGAAAGUUAUACGUUAUCAGCUUCCAAGGUUUCAGUAUGGUAAUGAGAACAUCGCUCUCUUAUUGCACGGUAAUGAUCUCACUGCGCGAAACAUCAUAGAGUAAGAAAAUAUCCAUGAGAUUUCCCAA